CCUGCACCGGCCUGCGCUUGGGACCCCAAGUCGUUCGGUUGCUGCUCACGUGAGUCACGCCGCGUCCCCUUCGCCGCGGCCCCGACGGGCAUGGACUCAGGUCGGGACUUCCUGACCCUGCACGGGCUGCAGGAUGACCAGGACCUCCAGGCCCUUCUGAAAGGCAGCCAGCUCCUGAAGGUCAAGUCCAGCUCGUGGCGGAGAGAACGGUUCUACAAGCUACAAGAGGACUGUAAGACCAUCUGGCAGGAGUCCCGCAAGGUCAUGAGGUCCCCAGAGUCCCAGCUGUUCUCCAUUGAGGACAUUCAGGAGGUACGGAUGGGGCACCGCACCGAAGGCCUGGAGAAGUUUGCCCGUGACAUACCUGAAGACCGCUGCUUCUCCAUCGUCUUCAAGGACCAGCGCAAUACACUAGACCUCAUUGCCCCGUCAUCGGCUGACGCGCAGCACUGGGUGCAGGGCCUGCGUAAGAUCAUCCAUCACUCCGGCUCCAUGGACCAGCGUCAGAAGCUACAGCACUGGAUUCACUCCUGCUUGCGAAAAGCUGACAAAAACAAGGACAACAAAAUGAACUUCAAGGAACUGAAGGAUUUCUUGAAGGAACUCAACAUACAGGUGGACGACAGCUAUGCCAGGAAGAUCUUCAGGGAAUGUGACCACUCCCAGACAGACUCGCUGGAGGACGAGGAGAUUGAGACCUUCUACAAGAUGCUGACCCAGCGCGCUGAGAUCGACUGCGUCUUUGCCGAGGCUGCAGGAUCAGCGGAGACCCUGUCGGUGGAAAAGCUCGUCACGUUCCUGCAGCAUCAGCAGCGGGAGGAGGCUGCAGGGCCAGCACUGGCCCUCUCCCUCAUUGAGCGCUACGAACCCAGUGAGACUGCCAAGGCGCAGCGGCAGAUGACCAAGGACGGCUUCCUCAUGUACUUGCUGUCCGCCGAUGGCAGCGCCUUCAACCUGGCGCACCGCCGUGUCUACCAGGAUAUGGGCCAGCCACUCAGCCACUACUUAGUGUCUUCUUCCCACAACACCUACCUGCUGGAAGACCAGCUCAGAGGGCCCAGCAGCACGGAGGCCUACAUCCGGGCUCUGUGCAAAGGCUGUCGCUGCUUGGAACUUGACUGCUGGGAUGGUCCCAAUCAGGAACCUAUCAUCUACCACGGCUACACUUUCACCUCCAAGAUUCUUUUCUGUGACGUGCUCAGGGCCAUCCGGGACUAUGCCUUCAAGGCAUCCCCCUACCCCGUCAUCCUGUCCCUGGAGAACCACUGCAGUCUGGAGCAGCAGCGAGUGAUGGCGCUUCACCUGAAGGCUAUCCUGGGGCCCAUGCUGUUGGACCAGCCCCUGGAGGGGGUUACCAUGAGCUUGCCUUCCCCUGAGCAACUGAAGGGCAAGAUCCUGCUGAAAGGGAAGAAGUUUGGAGGGCUGCUUCCUGCUGGAGGGGAAAACGGGCCUGAGGCCACUGAUGUGUCCGACGAAGAUGAAGCCGCGGAAAUGGAGGACGAGACCGUGCGGAACCAAGUGCAGCAGAAGCCCAAGGAGGAUAAGCUAAAGCUGGCGCCGGAGCUCUCUGACAUGGUCGUUUACUGCAAGAGUGUCCACUUUGGUGGCUUCUCCAAUCCUAGCACCUACGGGCAGGCAUUCUAUGAGAUGGCUUCCUUCUCUGAGAACCGUGCCCUCCGGCUGCUCCAGGAGUCAGGAAAUAGUUUUGUCCGCCACAACGUGAACCACCUGAGCAGGAUCUACCCAGCUGGGAGAAGAACAGACUCCUCCAACUACAGUCCUGUGGAGAUGUGGAAUGGGGGCUGCCAGAUUGUGGCUCUCAACUUCCAAACCCCUGGGCCAGAGAUGGAUGUAUACCUGGGCCGCUUCCAGGACAAUGGAGCUUGUGGGUAUGUGCUGAAACCUGCCUUCCUGAGAGACCCCAACACCACCUUCAACUCACGUGCCCUGACUCAGGGGCCCUGGUGGGCUCGGAAGAGGCUCCGUGUCCGGAUCAUCUCGGGACAGCAGCUGCCAAAAGUCAACAAGAGCAAGAACUCAAUCGUGGACCCCAAGGUGAUAGUGGAGAUCCACGGUGUGAGCCGGGACGUGGCCAGCCGCCAGACCGCAGUGAUUACCAAUAAUGGUUUCAACCCCUGGUGGGACACGGAGUUUGAGUUUGAGGUGGCCGUGCCUGACCUUGCCCUUGUACGCUUUGUAGUAGAGGACUACGAUGCCUCCUCCAAGAACGACUUUAUUGGCCAGAGUACUAUCCCCUGGAGCAGCCUCAAGCAGGGGUACCGCCACGUCCACCUCUUGUCUAAGAACGGAGACCAGCAUCCGUCAGCCACGCUGUUUGUGAAGAUCUCCCUCCAGGACUAAGCCUGGGGAUGGGUGAGGUCCACUCUGAGUGGGCCACGCUGUGUCCACCCCCGGGGCAAGGCUGGCAUUGUUGCACCGACUUCUGAUGUGGAGUGCGAGGGCCUGAACUGCCUUUAGCUCCAAUACAUCAACUGUGCUUCCUGCCUCUCUGGGGACCCAGGAGCAGUCCAGUCCCUGGAGUGGCCAGACUUCCGUUAGGAACAACAUUGCAGCCCUCCCCCUAGCUGUCUGUAGGUUGUUAGUUUUUAUAAAAAUCACUAGGUAAA